AUGGUUCCAGGAAACAAAACGUCUGUCACUGACUUCGUCCUACUUGGGCUAACGGACCAUACAAGACUUCAGAUAACCCUCUUUGUUUGUAUUUUAAUCAUCUAUUUAUUGAACUUGACCGGUAAUUUUCUGAUUAUGCUAAGCAUCAUUACUGACUCCGCUCUCCAUACUCCCAUGUACUACUUCCUGUGGAAUUUAGCCUUUAUUGACAUCUGCUACUCUUCUGUGGUGGUUCCUAAGAUGCUCUAUGAUUUGAUUUCAACAAGAAAGACGAUUAGUUUUUUUGGAUGCAUCUCACAAAUACACUUUUUCCAUUUCCUGGGAAGUUCUGAAGUCAUGCUUUUUUCAGCAAUGUCUUAUGACCGCUAUGUGGCCAUUCAGAACCCUUUGCGUUACUCAUCCAUCAUGAAUGUAAGGUUUUGUCUACAACUGACUCUUGGAUGUUUGAUGCUUGGAUAUUUCCAUUCUCUUUUGCAUACCCUAUUAAUAGUAAAGCUUCCAUUUUGUGGCCCAGAUGUGAUAAACCACUUCUUUUGUGACAUUAAACCCUUGUUGAAGUUGGCUUGUACAGAUACUUCUAUCAAUUUGCACCUCCUCAACGGCAUCACUGGAACCCUAACAAUGAUCACCCUCUUUCUCACCAUUCUUUCUUAUAUUUUGAUUAGCAGAUGCCUCAUGAAGAUAACAAAUACAGAAGGCAGAAAGCGUGCAUUUGCUAUUUGUAGUGCCCACCUCACUGCUGUUCUACUUUUAAAUGGAACAGCUAUAUUCACUUAUAUACGACCUUCAUCACAAAGUUCAUUAGACCAAGACCGAGCUGCUGCAGUUUUGUACACAGUGCUGCCCCCUGCCUUAAACCCAAUUAUAUAUUCCUUGCGAAACAAAGAGAUAAAAAAGGCUAUGGGGGCACUGACCAGGAAAUUGUUGUUCUCAUGA